AGCCGCAAAAGCAAACAAGACAAACACUUCUUAUCAGAUUGAUUACGUCAUCAUUAGAUCUGAUACGAUGGAAGUUUAAAUCCAUUACAUAAUAGGCACUUUAUAUUAUGUAAUCAUGUUGUUUGUUGAAGAUGGAGAGAAAGCGAUGUGGAAAGGAAGAAAAAAGACAUAAAGAAGGGAUUGUCUAUUUGGAGAACAAGGGGGUUGCCAGGCUGGGAGAUGGAUGCUGGCUCGUUGCAAGCGAAGCUGGACAAAGGGUUGAUGGCUUGCUGCGCAAGAUAUAAACAGCCCAUGGCUUCUCCUAGAUCACAGGCAUAAUCCAUCUCCCAUGCCAUACCGCGUGUCUGUCUACGGGAGUUAUCAAGUAGCCGACUUACCGUUUUUAUCUGACAUUAGCCGUGAUGUUUGAGAAAUACCAGCCUCCUCGCACCUACGGCAGCAGCGGCGGUGCCCUGAGCCUGACUGGGCUGGAGAGCAUGUCCGCGGCCGAAAAGACAGCGCGCAUCAUUGCUGUGGCGAACGACAUGGCAGCGUCGAUAAUAUAUAUCGCGAAACAAGCCGAAGCCGGCAACCUAACCAACAGCCAGAUUAUCCCGAUCUACAACUUCAUCGACAGCAUCCUGGGCCUCGAACGCAGCCAGACGAAGAGCCUGAUGAGGGAGCUGGAUAAGCAAGGGUCGCGGAUCGCGCUGAUGGAGAAACAACACAGCAGGGACAUCGAGGAGCUGACCAAGUGCGCAAUGGAGACAAUCACGCAGAUGAAGGUGAGGAUCGCGCAGCUGGAGAAGAACAGCACUGCAUAACCUGGUCAGCUAGUUAUCUGGUCAACGGCUCUGUUUCGUUUGAGCUUCAACGACUGAGAUGGCUGGCGUGUCACAUGACACCGAGAAUGGGCGUGAAGCAGCUUAACUUUUGCCUCCCGCGACGCGAAAAGCAGAGGGAAGAAAGUAAGCAGAAGAGAUGGAAGCAGAAGGAAGAGGAAGAACUCGUCGGCGACAAGGAAAAGCUGCUGGCGGCGCGCAGGAACUUCGUUCGACAGCUGAGAAUUGCAAGACGCUGGUUGGCCCGGCG